AUGAGUGCAACAGCAGCGAAAUUGUUGGUAUCUCAGGACCAGGUGCUUUCCACCGGCUAUUCUACCAUCGCCGUCGCCACGGUCUUCACAAUUGCGCGAUUCGCAGUUCGAUGGACGCAGCAGAAGAGAGAGUUUCAAAUUGAAGAUGGCAUCUGUUUAUUUUCAUGGGUUUCGUUUCUUGUCCUGGCAAUAUUGUAUAUCGUCGUGACACCUGCUUUGUACCGAGUCGACACGGCGGUAUCGACAGGGCAGCUGUAUCCCGACCUCUUGAAAGAUUCAUUGUUCGUUGUCGAGAUCUUCUUUGCGAAUACGAUCAUCUUCUGKAUAGUGCUUUGGUCGGUCAAAUUGAGUCUUUUGUUUCUCUAUCGGAGGCUCUUCGUGGGGUUACCGGAUCAGAUGAAAUGGUGGUGGGCCGUUCUGACCUUUACAAUUUUGAUGUUCAUUGGAUGUGUCAUUUCAAACUUUACAUCGUGCUCCAGUAUGCACGCGUGGUUUACGCCUGGUGAAUGUUCCACCCACCGAGAUUCCGUCGCCCAAGUAGCAAGUCUGUACUUCUCCUUCGCCGUCGACGUCAUUACCGAUCUCAUGAUUAUGCUUCUCCCUUGGAAACUGAUCUGGCUCCUUCGCCUCCCGUUUAUGGAAAAAGUUGCACUCGGUGGCGUGUUUGGUGUCGGACUUGUAUGCGUGGUUAUGGCAACUGUGCGUACUGUAUCAGUUGGAAUGGAAUCGAGAAGUGACAACACACCGUCGAGUUCGUGGUUGAUGCUUUGGGGGUUGAUCGAGACUGCGAUAGCUGUCGUCGUUGGAACGCUGCCUGCAUUUGCAAUCUUUUUCCGUCGUCAACAUCAUAGCAGACGCUAUGCAAGCUAUCCAAACGGCACUGAUGAAAGGGCCCCAGCGAGUUAUCGCUCAGGCAGUGAUCGUGUCUACCACCCUGCACAAAAGAUAAAGUUGAAUGCGAUCAAUGUUACAAGAACGUUAGAAGUGAGCUAG